GUGAUAUCUUCAGCAAUAGAGUCUUAUCAUCUACUUCUGGUGGACAACCAAGAAGACUGGCAAGAGUCUGUAUUGUCUUGGGGGCCUUUGGGACCUCCCUGAUUGACAGGUCAAAAGGAGGUUUCCUACAUUCGACACUGGGAUUUUUGUUUAAUAAUCAUGGCUUCCAGAAUCAGCAUUAUCUAGCCAAGCAGGAUAUCUCCGUUCUAACUGCACUUUGACUUGCUGUCUUUUUACAGCAUGGACACCAGGUUGCUAAAAUCUUGCUUUGGGACUUCCAGUGAGUUGAAUUUUUUGGAUUUUAUGACAGAUUUCCUAGUGGUUCCUUUUUGUGAGUUGAUGUUCUGAAGUAACUGUCACAAUGAGUUCAGGCCUAUGGAGCCAAGAGAAAGUCACUUCACCCUACUGGGAAGAACGGAUUUUCUAUCUGCUUCUUCAAGAAUGCAGUGUAACAGACAAACAAACACAGAAGCUCCUGAAAGUACCCAAAGGGAGUAUAGGACAGUACAUCCAAGACCGUUCUGUGGGGCAUUCAAGAGUUCCUUCUGCAAAAAGCAAGAAAAAUCAGAUUGGAUUAAAAAUCUUAGAGCAACCACAUGCAGUUCUGUUUGUUGAUGAGAAGGAUGUUGUGGAAAUAAAUGAGAAAUUCACAGAGUUACUGUUGGCAAUUACCAACUGUGAGGAGAGGCUCAGCCUAUUUAGAAACAGAAUCCGACUCAGUAAAGGCCUCCAGGUAGACGUGGGCAGUCCUGUGAAAGUACAGCUGCGAUCUGGGGAAGAAAAAUUUCCAGGAGUUGUACGCUUCAGAGGACCCUUAUUAGCGGAGAGGACAGUGUCGGGGAUUUUCUUUGGAGUAGAAUUGCUGGAAGAAGGUCGUGGUCAAGGAUUCACUGACGGGGUAUAUCAAGGGAAGCAGCUCUUCCAGUGCGAUGAAGACUGUGGUGUGUUUGUUGCGUUGGACAAGCUGGAACUCAUAGAAGAUGAUGACAAUGGAUUGGAAAGUGAUUUUGCAGGUCCAGGGGAUACAAUGCAGGUUGAACCUCCCCCUUUGGAAAUAAACUCCAGAGUUUCUUUGAAGGUUGGAGAAAGUAUAGAAUCUGGAACAGUAAUAUUCUGUGAUGUUUUGCCAGGAAAAGAGAGCCUAGGAUAUUUUGUUGGUGUAGACAUGGAUAACCCUAUUGGCAACUGGGAUGGAAGGUUUGAUGGAGUACAGCUUUGUAGUUUUGCAAGUGUUGAAAGUACAAUUCUCCUGCACAUCAAUGACAUCAUCCCAGAUAGCAUGACACAGGAAAGGAGGCCUCCUAAACUUGCCUUUAUGUCAAGAGGUGUUGGUGACAAAAGUUCAUCUAGUCAUAAUAAACCAAAGGUUACAGGCUCUACCUCAGACCCUGGAAGUAGAAACAGAUCUGAAUUAUUUUAUAACUUAAAUGGGUCAUCUGUUGACUCACAACAAUCGAAAUCCAAAAAUCCAUGGUACAUUGAUGAAGUUGCAGAAGACCCUGCAAAGUCACUUACAGAGAUGUCUCCAGACUUUGGACAUUCAUCACCUCCACCACAACCUCCUUCCAUGAACUCCUUAUCCAGCGAAAACAGAUUUCACUCUUUACCCUUCAGCCUGACAAAGAUGCCCAAUACUAAUGGCACCAUUGCUCAUAGUCCACUCUCACUGUCAGUACAGUCUGUGAUGGGGGAGCUGAACAGCACACCUGUCCAGGAGAGUCUACCCUUGCCCAUCUCUUCUGGUAAUGCACACGGUCUAGAGGUGGGCUCACUGGCUGAAGUGAAAGAGAACCCCCCGUUCUAUGGGGUUAUCCGUUGGAUUGGCCAGCCACCAGGGCUCAGUGACGUGCUAGCUGGACUGGAACUGGAAGAUGAAUGUGCAGGCUGUACAGAUGGAACUUUCAGGGGCACACGCUAUUUCACCUGUGCCCUGAAGAAGGCGCUGUUCGUGAAACUGAAGAGCUGCAGACCUGACUCUAGGUUUGCGUCCUUGCAGCCUGUUUCCAAUCAGAUUGAAAGGUGUAACUCUUUAGCAUUUGGAGGCUACUUAAGUGAAGUAGUAGAAGAAAAUACUCCACCAAAAAUGGAAAAGGAAGGUUUAGAGAUAAUGAUUGGAAAGAAGAAAGGCAUCCAGGGCCAUUACAAUUCUUGUUAUUUAGACUCAACUUUAUUCUGCUUAUUUGCUUUUAGUUCUGCUCUGGACACUGUGUUACUUAGACCCAAAGAAAAAAAUGACGUGGAAUAUUAUAGUGAGACUCAAGAGCUACUAAGAACAGAGAUAGUUAAUCCUCUGAGAAUAUAUGGAUAUGUGUGUGCCACAAAGAUUAUGAAACUGAGGAAGAUACUUGAAAAAGUUGAGGCUGCGUCAGGAUUUACCUCUGAAGAAAAAGAUCCUGAAGAAUUUCUAAAUAUCCUGUUUCAUGAUAUUUUAAGGGUUGAACCAUUGUUAAAAAUAAGGUCAGCAGGUCAAAAAGUUCAAGACUGUAACUUCUAUCAAAUUUUUAUGGAAAAAAAUGAGAAAGUUGGAGUUCCUACAAUUCAGCAGUUACUAGAAUGGUCUUUUAUCAACAGCAACCUGAAAUUUGCAGAGGCACCAUCAUGUUUGAUUAUCCAGAUGCCUCGGUUUGGAAAAGACUUUAAACUAUUUAAAAAAAUUUUUCCUUCCUUGGAGUUAAAUAUAACAGAUUUACUUGAAGACACUCCCAGGCAGUGCCGCAUCUGUGGAGGACUUGCGAUGUAUGAGUGUAGAGAGUGCUAUGAUGACCCUGACAUCUCAGCAGGGAAGAUCAAGCAGUUCUGUAAGACCUGCAGCACUCAGGUUCACCUUCAUCCGAGGAGGUUGAAUCAUACUUAUCACCCAGUAUCACUUCCCAAAGACUUGCCUGACUGGGACUGGAGACAUGGCUGCAUCCCCUGUCAGAAGAUGGAGUUAUUUGCUGUUCUCUGCAUAGAAACGAGCCACUACGUUGCUUUUGUGAAGUAUGGGAAGGAUGACUCUGCCUGGCUGUUCUUUGACAGUAUGGCUGAUAGAGAUGGUGGUCAGAAUGGCUUCAACAUUCCACAGGUGACGCCCUGCCCGGAAGUGGGAGAGUACUUGAAGAUGUCUCUGGAGGAUCUACACUCUUUGGACUCCAGAAGAAUUCAAGGCUGUGCACGCAGACUUCUCUGCGAUGCAUACAUGUGCAUGUACCAGAGUCCAACCAUGAGCUUGUACAAAUAACCAGGUCAUCUGAAACUGGCAGAGAUGGAGCACAAAGCUUAACGCUCCAUUUUCCUCCAGCUGGUGGUUCUACAGGCGCCCAUUGCCGGCAGUGGGUGUCUUUUGUGAUGAUGGGCCUUCAGCAAAGGAUUGCUGUGUUUCCAAACAAAUUGCUUUUGUGUUCCUGAAGUAUUUAAUAAGAAGCAUUUUGCACUCUAGGAAGUAUGUUUGUGUUGGUUUUUUAAGAAGUCUUAAUGAAGUUAUUAAUACCUGAAAUUUUAAGUUAACUGCAUUGAUAUGAUAUUUUUGGAAGCAUACAAUUUUAAUUGUGACGUUUAAAACCUCUUUUAGUCCAAUGAGGAUGUAAAUAAAUAUUUCUUCUUAUGGACCAAGGAUAUGAAAUAAUUUUUCUUUUGUAGCUAAUGAUUGCCUUGAGGGAAAAUAAUAUGGUUUUAUUAAGAGUCGACCUUUACUCCAGUUGUUGAAGGUGUGCUGACUUUAAUUGUUAAUUUUUCCUACAUAAUGCUGAUUUCCUGCAUGUCUGUACUUUGCCAAGUUUCUGUGUUCCUGCAGCAGUGGUCAGAACAUGUUGAAAUUCCUUUUGUGGUGUUAUUUUCUAUUCUGGUUUUAAGAUAAACGAGAGGCUCUGUCAUAAAAUGUCCAUUUUUGAUGUCUUCUUGGAGGAUUAGGGUACAAGACAAUUGAAGCAUCUCAGUCAUAAACAGGUUUUUCUGUAGGGACUUGUAAGUAUGGAACAAAGUGCACUGAUUUAUGAAAUGACAAGAGUGAUAAAUAAUAUAUUCUUGUACAGAUACAGAGUCCAGAGAAAAUAAAGUUUGCUUAGAGACAGUACUAACAUUUCCAUGAAAAGAUGUAAUAGAUAUUUAAAAUUCUCAUUUCAAAUAAAUUAUUUUAUUUUUAGUUUACAUGAACUUCUCUUAAUUUAAGUAAGACUGUGGUUUUGUUUAAUCAGAGAGUCUUAAACUCACUGAUAGCAGUUUUGUUUGACUUGAAACAGGAACAGCCAUAUCAGUGUGUUACUGGAAUGUUAGUGACAGCUUCAUCCUCCUGAUUGAAGAAGGAAAUAAUGGAUGUUGCCUUAGGACAGCUCGUAGUGUGUGUAUAGGCCAUUGGUGGACACUCUAGAGUGUUUGUUGUCUGCAUGUUUUGUGGUAUGGCUGUCUUUCUGGAAUAAUGUCAACCUCACAGAAAGACAGAAAAGGUAUUGUAUGUGUAGCAUAUGCCUUUAUAAAAUAUUUAAUGUCAAAAGAGUUUUAUAAAUCUUGCUGUUAUUUUUAAAGGCACUUUCCUUCUUGGUUUUAUUAUUCUAUUUUGCUAGCAUGUAUUAGCUUUAUAAAUCACAAGGCACAAAAGCUCUUCCAUCUUGUAAUCUUUGUACUUUUGUAAUGGAAAAGUACGUAUAUUCUGCACAGACUUUUGUAUAGCUGAAUGCCUACACUGAGUGCCACAACUAGUUUGGAAUGAAGACCUCCAGCUAUGGGCUGGCCUUCCUUCACCUAGGGGCAGGUGAGAAUGAUGAGCACAGGGGCUGAGCUCGCAGGCUCUGACCACCCAGAGUCAGUCACCCUAUAAUAAGUAUGUAUUGAAUGAGUCCGUUAGUGUGACUUUGUAAAGUUUAACUGUGGAAUGAUCAGGAAUCUGUAUAUAUAGGCAAGCCAGGUUUAACAGUAAAAGGGGGUGAGGGAAAACUUUUUUUUUUUUUAAUUGUAGAAAUGGAGGCAAAAUCCAUGUGGUAAGAGACCAGCUACUUGGCUUUCUGAGCAAAGGACUCAAUGCUUGUUUGGCAGUGGGUCCCAAGUUGGGGUGGCACUUUGUGAGCGAGUAGGACCAUGUCUACAGGCAAACCCUAGGAAGAUUUUUCUUGAAGUCGCACUCAGUGUUCUUUAGCAGUAGUGGGUAGGUGGGGCACACAGUGAAGGGCCCACUUUCAGUGGCUGGGGAGGCCCGAGGACCACAGGCCAGCAGGAGCUUUCCCCCCAUGCCUUCUUUUCCCUCUGGGUCCUCCUUCCUCAUUCUCUGUCCCCACAGAGCCUGGUUUGCCACCGAGGCAAUAGGGCUAGACUGUGUAAUGCAGAUAGCUUGUGUGCCUAUGGGUUAACCUAAUUUUUAAUCAGGUUUUUUUUUUUUUUUGUACUGUUUUCCCAUUGCCUUUGAAAAUGCUUUGAUUAUCCUUUUUUCUUAUCAAGAUGACAGUGUAGUAGGAUCAUCUUACUUACAAUAUGGUUUAUGAUCCAUGGCUACAAAUAGAAAAUAUAAGAAUUUAUAUUUUUCUACCUUGAAGCAAAUCUGUAUAUAUGUAUGAAGAGCCAGGGGGAUAGGCAGAGAGAGAGGGAAGGGAGCCAGGAAUACUUUUAAUACAUAAGCUAAAUGUCCAGCCCCUCACUGCCAGCUUCAUAGAGAGUCUAGCCCAAUCCACAAAGCAGUGUUUCCUAAGAUGGGGGAAAUAUAUUGAAAAACAGAAAUGGGUAUCUGUAUAGUGCAGCUGUUGGAAGUUGCUAUGCAUUGCAUCCUCCAAGUAGCUUAGAGUUUUUAUUACGUUUGCCAAAUGCUUAGGUAAAUGGCAAGGCUCAUCUUCCCUCAGACUCAUAUCUUUUUCUCUGCAUACCCUCUUGAGCACAAAUGAGGACAAAGGAUUGACUGUUAGGAGCUUGUCAAUUCUCUGGUGGUCUGAAUGUGGAAUUUUCAUAAAUCUAGGAGUAGCAACCCCACCCCCAGUUGGAGUUUAGUAAGCAGCUAGAUAAUCUUGUGUCUGUUUGAAGUAUCCUACACCGAGAAGGCUGUGCAAAAUACAAUGUUUGGCCUUCAUGAGUAACUGCCAACAAGUAUUUACUGGAUAUUUAUUAGGUGGCUAAUAUAUGGCAUAGACCCUAUGAGAGCGGGUGCCUGCUCUUCUACAGCAUCCUGCCCAAUUUCAACACCAGAGUACCCAUUGAUAGCAUCUUAGCCUGGGUGUGGGUGACAGGCCUUUGUGGGGACCACUUUGGGAGAUGUCGUAGAACAACAGGGAGAAGUAAAGAAAAAAAGAACAAAAACCCUAGGUCCUUUCUCCAUCACUUGCUCUGUGCCCAAACAAUAUCUUGACUUCCUGAGCUUGAGUGUUUUGCUCUGUGUAAUGAAGGGUUCAGACUGUGGAGUUGGAUAGGGGGAAGCAGUACAAAUUGUCAAUGUUCAGGACAUGCCUCGAUCUGAUAUCCUGUUGAAGGUAGGAAGUUUCAAACUCAGAAGCUCAUCAACAGAAACCAGUGGCCAGUGGGUAUGGAAUCAUAAGGUUGGAAGGUUUCAAAGAUCCCUUUUCCUUCUGUUACUGUGGGAUCAAACAAUGCUAGUAUCCUUAGCAGUUAUUCUAUAUAAGUGUGAAGAAGUGGGCAUUGUUUAUGUGUUUAUCUCUGUUUACAUGUGAACUUCUAUAAGAAGUGCAUUUGGUAUGUGUACCUACACCCUCUAUUCCUAGAGGGAUUGGUAGUCUUUGGAAUACACAUAAAUCUUAGAGGAUAUUUGAUGGUACUUACUUGGCUGUUUCCCUUUAUCCUGUUUCUAUAGAAAUAGAAACUGGGAGCCAAAGGAAUAGAUAAAAAUUUAUUUUCAUGUUGAAGGGGAAAAAAAUCACUGAAUUAAUUUCUCUCUACUACUUUUAAUGAAAACAUUUAAACUCAUGGGAAGAUUUUGCCUCCCCACCCCCACGUAACAGGCCGUCAUGUCAUAAAUAGGAUAUCCUUCUAAGAGAAGGUAGGUUAUAAGGCCUGUCAUUAAAAAACAAACAAGCGGAAAAACAAGGCCGCUUUCCUUGGGCUUGGUGAUUCCCACGCCAUCUCCAAUUCUUCCUCAGUGAAAUAACUCCUUAGUUCCAUAAUGCAGCUGGGUGGUGGAGAAGAAGAUGUUACAGUGGGAACUAGUGAGCAGAAAGGGUUGGAGGAGGCAGGAGCUGCCUGUCGGAGCUGAGGAUAGGCCUCACAUGAAUGCAAGCUUCUGUGGCUUUGGGCAUUGCACUCUUGUCAAAGGCAUGAAAGUACGGCUUCCUGUCAGGGAAUUAAUCUUGCUUCUGAGUGAGCUUCUGUUGUCUUAUUGGGUGGGGCACUGGGUGGUAGCAUCAGUGGACAUAUGCUUUGUCUCAUGAAUUCUAGAGUUGCUAAAGGGUUUCCCUUGAGUCCAAAUGUGGCAACAGAAGGUGAGUAGGGAGCUGGCCAGGAGUAGUGCACACUGGGAAAGCGGGGUGGGUGGGGGUAAACCCCUUCUGGUGGCCUUAAGUAGCAGUGAGUGUAUUCAGGAGCACCACAGGGUCCUGGCCUCUGUCUGGUAGUGCUGACCAUUUUGUUUCUUCAUGUUUUAGUUUCAUUUUCUUCCUAACAGAUUUGAGGGAAAAGGGCUGUUAGUGCAGGGGUUAUCCUUCCAGGCACCACCGGCCUUAGCACAGUGUACUUUUAAAUAUUGUUGACUUUCAUUAGUUAUUUAUUCUAAGGGGAUUAUACUGGAGACACAACUGUCUUUGGUCUCAUGUUAUGAAACAGCCUUAUACUGUGGAAUGCUAACUCUGGAGAAUUGCCCUCAUACCAGAAAUAUUCAUUUAAAAAAAAUCCCACUGGCCCUCUCUUAGGGGGUGGUUAUUAGCAGUCUGACCCAAAGGAACACAAUUUGUAUCCCAUUUCCUUUUCUGGUAUCUGUUUCAACUGUUUUUUUUUUUUUUUUCUUUUUUCCCAAAGAACAUCCUUUUGCUUAUGAGAAAAUGAAUAACAUCACAUAAAACAAUCCUUUUCUAUCAGAAUGCUCCAAUUUAGCCUUAAUUUUGUUAAACCUAGAAAUGAAUGGAGUGCUGCUGUGGAAAGAAAUGUACCAUGUACUAUUUCUGUAUCAUUAAAAUGAAUUUUAUGCUUC